AUGGUCACUGAAACCUCAUCGCCACCGACUGAGAGUACGCUCCUAUCCAAUGCAAGCCGUCAGGAUUUGACCGACUCAAUUGGUACACUCCUUUCGGAUAUCCAGUUGUCGUCCCUUUCCCCCGAGCAGCUUGAUGAGCUUGCCCUACUUGUCUCCGAGCGAGGAGUGGUCUUCUUCCGUGGCCAAAAUCUCUCGGAUGACCAGCAAGUCCAGCUAUCCAAGCAUUAUGGCAACAAGGGCAAUGGCAAAGCCGACACAGCUGUUCACCAAUUCAAAGAGAUUCGAAAUGUUACCCCCGGCCAGCAAAGCAAAUGGCACGCCGACCUGAGCUUCGCCAAAAACCCACCGAACUUCUCGAUUCUACGGAUUGAAGAUACUACUGAAAGCAUAUGUGAAAGCUCUUGGGUGUCACAAUACGGACUAUAUGAUGCUCUGAGUGAUCAUAUGAAAACCUUUCUCGACAGUUUACACGCUGUGCAUUCAUCUAAACUUUCAAACGAAUCCAUCCUGGAAACCUGGUCUACCUUGGAUAUUGAAAGCCACCACCCGGCAGUACAGACAAAUCCAAUAACGGGCUUGAAGGCGCUCAAUGUUACGCCGGGAUCUGUGACUGGCUUCGCAGAACUUAAAAAGAAAGAAUCAGAUAAUCUGCUUGAGUUCUUAGACUACCAUAUUCAUUCGACCGACGAGGAAGCUGUACGCUUCAAAUGGGAGGCCGGCAGCGUAGCUAUCUGGGACAACAGAAGCACCGCUUAUCGGGAUAUUUCGAAAUCAAAAACCUCGUCAAUUGCUACGUUCAAGACUCUCUCAUUUGGCGCGAAGCCAUAUUUCGACAAAGACAGCGAAAGCCGCGAGCAGAGAGAACAACGCGUGGCACGAGAGGCAAAGGAGGAGUUUGAGCGCUUGGAGUCAAUCAAGGCAAGAUUUAACAAUACACCAAUGCGCCGCCUCAUCCAAAGACAAGUUGCUGGACAAAAGGAGAUUCGGUAUGCCGAUAGCGGGUAUGGAGGAGAAUCAAGCUCGAAAGCCGACUCUAAUUCGCCGAUAACCAACGAGGAUAAAUCAAGCGAGAAUCGCCCGUUUGCCGAUCUGAAUCCGAACAGUGAGAGCCGUACAUUGCGUACCCAGCAAUGGGCGAACGGUGUUGCGCCAAAAGAAGAGGUACCGAGUGUUACAGAAGAUCUCAAAGUGCAAAAGAUAGUCUCUCAAAUACCCGAGGUGAAGUUCAACGUCACACCGCUGAGGCGAAUCAUACAGAGACAGAUAUCUGGAAGUUCUUCUGGAUUGAAAUGUCGUGAUUGGAGAUGAUACUGUAUGUUCCAAUGACGCCCGCGACCAUGAGAUGAUUUUGAUGGUCAUUGGCUAUUCUACUGUAUCAGCAUCUUUUUCCUAUUUGUAUUUUCUUUAAUUUUGUUUUCAAUCCUUUC